AGAUCAGGUUCGGCUGUUGCCUUUAUGUAUAAUAUAUGGCUGUAGCGAUCACAUCACGUCACAUGACCAGAGUCACCCUGAUGUUAAAUGCACGCGAAUAUCUUCAUUAGCCAGUUCGUUGUCUCAAACUACGGUUGUUGCUGAGCUGACAGCUAUACUUAUCUGGCAACAAAACCGCCCGCCCCGAACAGCUCUGCAGUCGAUUCCGUCUGUUUUUAUUUUGUUAGCUAAAACGAGCUACUGUGGUUAAGGUUUUGUUUUUGUUUAUCUUGUUAGCAAAUUACUUGUUUUUUGGGAAACGUUAGUAAACAAUCCAAUUUGCAAGAUCAACCGAUCUUCACACUAAGCAUCUGUCUGCGGUUGAUCAGAAGAACCCAAAUAAACCCAGGAUGACGACCAACGCUCAGGAGGUGAAGAGUUGCCCAAUCCCUACCCGGGUGCUCACCCUGAAAGACUGGUCUCAGCUCCCUGACUGCUACAGUCAGACUCCCGGGGGUACUCUCUUCUCCACAACGCCCGGAGGAACACGCAUCAUCUACGACAGGAAGUUCCUCCUGGACUGUCGGAACUCUCCCAUUGCCCGGACUCCUCCAUGCUGCCUGCCCCAGAUCCCAGGGGUGACGGUGCCCGCUCUGCACCCUCUGGGCAAACUUCAGGAACUUAAAGAGGAGCUGGAGGAGGAGGAGAAGGACCUGGGAGAUGACAGCCAGUUUGAGAUGGACAUCUGAGCAGCAGCUCAUUGCCUCCUGUGGAGAGAACCGUUUUAUCUUCUAUUCUGACGUCUGAUUGGUCCUUUACAACCAGCAUGCGUCACAUUCACCUUCAACUUCCUUUUUUAAAAACUUUUUGUUGUUGAGGAAACCCCCCAAAAUAAAGAGAAUGGGGACAUGUCGAUCCCUGUGUUAGCAUUAUUUUUAGCACCAGAAUGCGUCAAUGGUUGCAGAUUAGUGUCUGAGCUGCAAGGUUGGAAGAAGCAAUACAUUUGUGUGUGUUGGACUGCUUUUGAUUUGUACAUAAGAGUACGGUACUUUGUAUUUUUUAAAAGGAGAGAAAUGUACGAGAUUUUACAUGAAACCUACAGGGACGGAGGGGUUGGUCAAGACGGCAGAGUUGCUGCUGGGUCUAUGAGGGGGUCACCAUGUCUGACCCUGGCAUAAGGUUAAAGGUCAGAGGUUGGGGGUGACUGUUGGACAGGCUCUUCCAUGCAUCUACCUGUGGAGGAGGAACUGAAAUGUAUGGAAGUUCAAAAUAAAAAUCAGUAUAAAACCUAAA